AACCUCAGUAAUAUUUUGCUCACGAUCUCACUGCAAAACAAUAACAAACCCUUGUCUGAGAAAGCUUGCUAAUGUAUUAUAUUCUAAAGUGUAUUGGACGAUAUUAAGUGUCAAAUGAUUUUAUUAUUAAUUUUUAUAUUUUGUAUUUUUCGUUAAACAAAAAUUAUAGAUAUCAUUUGAAAAAGGAAAAUGUAUAUCUACUUGCGAUGUUCUCGGUUAUAGAAGAAAAUAGUUGCUGACGAAAGUCAUGGUCAUUGUGCGUGGAUAUCGUAAAUGUAGAGGGUCCAGUAUGUAAACCGAUCAACUAGACAUUCACGCGGACUGUCUAAUAGACUGUGUAAACCAUAGUGUUCGGGAUUAUUACAUGGGCAAUGUUUGAUAUUAUUGAAUAUUAGUGAAUUCGUAGAACAUUACGCACGAAUAUUUACAUCGUAAAGUGUUAUUAAUCCGCGCGUCUCCGACCACGCGUGUUUAGACAUGCGCUUGUUAUAUUAAUUGAAUUUAACGAAAGUUAUGCUUUUACACAGAUGUUUCCAUUGAGCUUUAUUUCCUUUCUGUCAUUUUCUUUUUCUUUUUCUUUUUCUUUUCUUUUUCUUUUUUUCCUUUUUUUUUCCGCCCCUUUUACAAAAGAUCGAUUAAAUGAGUGAAAUUUUCAAGUGGUUUAAUAGCAAUAUAUUAUACAUUCUCUUUUAAUCAUCUACUCAAAUGUGAAAGAACUAUUAUUGUUUUUGUGUGUAUAUAAAUAAACAAAACAACAGGCUCGAGUAACGUAGUGAAACAUAUAUGGUUUCGCAAAUGGGAGAUAUUAGUUAUCCAGAACUUUUAUUGGAUAUUAAAGAUAACACAAUGGAUAGUAUAGUGAAACAUGAACCUCCACAAGAAAUGGGUCCAUCUUCUGCCUCUGUUCCAAUACCUGGAGGGCAUAGAGGAACAAGAGGUAUAUACGACCAAUUUUCUCCUUCUCCUCUUCAAACAUCUACUUGGAGUAAUAGGCCAGAGCAUGUUGAAUCUCCCUUCAAAAUGGAUCCAGAUCAAUUGGAUAUAUCAUUUAAAAUGGACGAUGAUGAUAUAUUCCAAGUUGAUAAAGCAGAUCUUAUACAAGGACCUACGCUUGCUGAAUUAAAUGCCAAUGACGAUACACUAUUAGGAGAUUUAAAUUUUGAUGAUUUAUUAUUGCCAGAGGAAUACAUUCAACCUUUAAGGAUCGGACCCAAUGUUAUUCCUUCUGGUGGUUCUUCUUUGUUUAAUAGUAAUGGACCUGGAUUUGCAUCCAGUAGCUUUCCACAAACUGGAACUGCAUUCAAAAGUUGCCCAACAUAUACAAAUACUAGUGGAUUUACAUUGAAUAGAGAUAUAAAUAUAACAGAUAAUUUUGAAGGUGUCAGUCCUCCUGUUUUUACCAGUCCAGGAACUAGCAAUAUUGCAGGUAGUUCUACAGCAAGUUCUUCGACUUCUCCUCAUACGGCAACAAGAUCAACUGGUCCUUCUACUCUUCACGAAUUAUUAAUGAAACGAAACGAAAAUUCAUUUAAUACUCCAGUAACUAGCCAAAUUGAUACAGCGUCUGGUAUAAGUGGUAAACCUAAGGUUUCUAGGCUCUCUAUGUCUGCACCAACACAAUCCAUGGGAUUAGAACAAAUUUGGGCUCAUAGAGAACCACGACAACAUCUCUUAAGUACUGGCAGUCUUAGUCUAGUUGAAGCAGGAUCUACGAGUAGUCUAAGCACUGGUGGUGCUCUUAGUCCAGACCCACUUUGUUAUUUAGAUCCCCUUAGUCAUGAUGAAGGAUAUGAAGACAGUGAUGAUGACAGUGAUCAUUAUGAUGAUUACAGCAGUGAUAAUGAUACUGGUGGUAGCGAUGGAGAAGACCAAAGUAAUGUUAGUGUAGGAGGUGAUACAGCAGACAUAGGAAGAGAAAGUAGACACAGUAAAAAGGAAAGAUAUUUUUGGCAAUAUAAUGUUCAAGCAAAGGGUCCAAAAGGUCAGCGUUUAGUUGCGAGAACACGACUGGAAGAUCCUCAUGUUUUGAACGAAGCUACAGAUCCUGUAUUCAGUCCUCAUUGUGCUCUCAGAGGAAUCAAGCACAGUGGUAAAGCACGUAAAGGAGAUGGCAAUGAUCUUACACCAAAUCCACGAAAACUUUUUAGCAUUGGCAAAGAAUUAGAUAAGCUCUCGCGGGUUAUAAACGAUAUGACCCCUGUUUCUGAAUUGCCUUUCACAGCGAGGCCUAAAACGCGGAAAGAAAAAAAUAAAUUAGCAUCGCGCGCAUGUCGUCUUAAGAAAAAAGCUCAACAUGAAGCUAAUAAAAUAAAGUUACAUGGUCUUGAACAAGAGCACAGACGAUUGAUCCAAGGUAUAUCACAAGCAAAACAAACUUUAGCUGCUAAACUAACGGAACCUAAUCCUGAAAAUCAGGAAGAACUAACAAGACAAAUGGAAAAAUAUUGCAAAUUGGCCACCAAGAUACGCAUAGCAAAUCACUCUACAGAAUUUGUCAAUAAAGUGUUAGACAAGGUCAAAGCAGGAGUGCCUGAUGGUGGCAUUGAUGAUUUUUAAUAUAAACGAAUUUUUUUUUUUUUUUUUUACAUCAACUUUAUGUUUAUACUUAUGUACAGAAGAUUGAGAGAAAGAGAGAGAGAGAGCGAGCGAACGAGAAAUUAUACUUUUACAUUAAAACAGCUUCAUUUUGUUUUUGUGAAAAUGCGCUAAGAAACUAUUGUUAAUUUAUUGAUUAAUGUGAAUAAAUAUAAUCGCUAUGUUAUAAUUACAGGUAGAAAUUCAUAUUCUUAAGAAAAUCGCAGAACCGACAAUUUUGUGUACUCAGCUUUUAUAAUAUGAUACUAUCUUCAUUUUGUUAAAGACUGUGUUCUUUGUUAUUGUAUAUAGUAUUGGUUCAACUGUACAUACUAUUUUUUUAAUCUUAAUCAAACAGGAACGAUGUACCUUAUUUAUGCAGUAAAAUUGACCACUCGAUGAA